AUGGCCGAUAUGAAACUGUCUGUUGGUGACUAUGUAGAGUUGCAUUUGGACCAACAGAUCAUGGGUGUCUUUGAAAUCCACCCACAGCCGGGCUCUAUGCGAUUUAUGGCCUACAUUUACAAAGAACACGCAGAACUCCACAAUCUCGCGUCAUCCGCGAAAGUCACAAUUGUGCCGAUUAGAAAGGCUUUAACCGUUCUGAAGACACUUCAGGUCACUACACCGAUAUCAUCCCUUUAUUUCCCAAUUGUAAUCGACCAACUUAGCCACAACCCUCUCCACCCACACUUAAAACCAAUUGUUUUCAUCAACGGAAACCCAAUUGAAUUAGACAUAUCAAUCACAAAUCCUUCUAUGGUCACAAGAGAUACUUUAAUUUUGUCUCCUGUUCAUUCACCGUUUCCAGUGUUUUAUACAGAAGCAAUCAAUUCAUUAACUUCGGCGUUAAAGUACACUCCACCGCACCAACUCGCUCUCCGUUCUUUUCUUAUCACAGGAGCAUCCGGCUCUGGUAAAAGUGUUUUGUGUGAACAAAUGGCGGAGAGAUCAAGGCGGGAUGCUAUUUUCUAUUUCACACCACAUGGGGAUAUAUCAAGUGCAAUGAACUCGAUAUUUAAAAACGCAUUGAAGUACAACGAAAAGUCUGUGGUCAUAAUAGACAACGUCAACUUACUACCAGAAACGUCAUUAAGUGCUCUACACAAACUCGACAAUAGUGAUGUCCUUCUCAUUUGUACGACAACAGCCAAAGUCAACUUCCCCUUUCAAAAGACGCUUCAAACGUCUGUUCCUUCCCCAUCAGAAAGAGUCACUCUGAUUUCUAAAUUUAUGAAAGACAACUCUAAAGAAGAGAUAGACGCGGUGAAUGAACUGAUGAGUGGGUAUACACACAGAGACAUCUCAACAGUGUUUUCCGAGUUUGAAGGAAAUGUAGAGACUUUCAAACGUUUGAUCAAAAAACAUAAGCCGAGUGGGUUGUCAGAAAUAUCUUUGAACGUUCCACACGUCUCGUGGGACCAAAUUGGUGGCAACGAAGAUGUCAAAAACAGACUUAGAGAAGCUGUGCAAUGGCCGUUAAAGUAUAAAGACCAACUCGAUUUGUUUAAAAUCCGCGCUACGCGUGGAAUACUUUUACAUGGGCCACCCGGAAAUUCAAAGACAAUGCAAGCCAAAGCACUUGCGACAGAAGCAAAGUGCAACUUUUUAGCAGUCAAAGGGCCUGAAAUGCUUUCAAAAUAUGUUGGAGAGACCGAAGGAAAGAUCAAAGAGAUAUUCACCAAAGCACGACAGAAUGCGCCAUGUGUCAUUUUCUUCGAUGAGAUUGAUGGUAUGCUAGGCGUCGCAAGUGAACGAGGAAAGGUGGGGUAUGGGGAUAGACUUCUCUCACAAUUUUUGGUUGAAAUGGAUGGCCUUAAAGAGACUAAAAUACUUGUGUUGGCUGCUACAAAUAGGCCUGACUUACUUGACCAAGCACUUCUGAGACCAGGACGGUUCGAUCGAAUUUUAUAUGUCGGACUUCCUGAUAAUUCCACCCGAAAACAAAUUGUGCAAAUAUAUGCUAAAGAUGUCGAUAGUGAGGUAUGGGCCGAAAAACUAGACGGAUACUCCGGUGCUGAAAUAGCCGGAAUUUGUCGAGAAGCAUCACUCUAUUGUCUUCGCAAAAAUGUCGACAAAAUUAAUGAGGAUGUGCUCGAGUUAGCUUUCCAGAAAUUUGGAAAGCCCCAGACCAAAAAGGAUGUCAUACUCCUCCACGAACAAUUCCAGAAGGAGCACGUUUUGCAAGGAUUUUGA